AUGGCUCCUACCGAAAGCAAGAAGCGCCUGGCUCUGGCCAUCAUCGACUUCCUCGGCUCCAGCCUGAAGGACGGCACUCUCACCGCCGACGACGCCGAGUCCAUCGAGAUUGCGCAGUCCUGCAUCGCUGAUACCUUCAAGGUUGAUCCAACCGAUGAGGCCGCCGUGAAGGAGGCCGUGGGUGGCCAGUCUCUAGCCAACAUUUACAGUGUCUACGAGAAGCUGCGGAACAAGUCAACCCCUCAGUCAGCCGGCGCAGGACCUGAGGAAUCCCAAGGAGAUAAGCCUAAGGCUGGGGCUCCUACUGCUGAGUCCGACAAGCUGAAGUCGGAGGGCAAUGCUCUUAUGGCCAAGAAGGAUUACAACGCCGCCAUCGAACAGUACACCAAGGCCCUUGAGAUCGCGCCGGCUAACCCGAUCUACCUCUCCAACCGCGCCGCCGCGUUCUCCGCUUCUGGUCAGCACGAGAAGGCCGCAGAUGAUGCUGAACUCGCCGUUGCGGUGGACCCUAAGUAUUCGAAGGCUUGGAGCCGCCUUGGUCUUGCUCGUUUCGACAUGGGUGACUACCAUGCCGCUAAAGAAGCAUACGAGAAGGGUAUCGAGGCCGAGGGGAAUGGUGGUAGUGAAGCUAUGAAGCGCGGCCUGGAAACCUCGAAGCGGAAGAUCGAGGAAGCCAGCCGUGUCAGUGAGCCCCCGUCCGAGGAACUGGACAGCGCCUCUGGUGCGUCCCGUGGUGCCGGCGGCAUGCCGGACCUGUCAUCUCUGGCUAGCAUGCUUGGCGGCGGUGCUGGCGGUGCCGGUGGCGGCAUGCCAGACCUGGGUUCCAUGAUGAACAACCCCAUGUUCGCCAACAUGGCUCAGAAACUUAUGAGCAACCCGGACAUGCUGAACAAUUUGAUGAGCAACCCCCGCCUGCGCGAGAUGGCCCAAAACUUCGGUCAAGGUGGCGGCAUGCCCGACAUGUCUAGCCUCAUGAGCGACCCCAACAUUGCCGACAUGGCCCGCAACAUGAUGGGUGGCGGCGGUGCUGGACGUGGCCAGUGA